UCUCUAAGCUCAAAAAUGGCCAAAAGGCAAAAUGGCGGUCGCCUAGAAUUUCCACAAAGCAGCUUCCGUUAGAAGCUGAAGUUUUAAAUGUUUCUGAUCUCAAAUGGGGCAUGUGAGUCUGUGACUUGAGAACGAAAGGUAGUCUCCUCUUUUUCAAGCUCUCUUCUGAUUUCUAUCAGAGCAAAGGUUUCCCUCUCAUUCUCUCACUUUUUAAACAGUUCUUCGGAUUUUCUAUCAGACCAGAGGUGUCUCUUAUUCUCUCUCUCUCUCCCUGGUGUUCUAAAGGUGUGAAGUCGGUCAUCUGCUCCUUUUUUUUUUUUUUUUUUGAGAAAACUCGUCAUGGAUUUGGACCCAGAAGACAUAUUUCGAGAUGAUGACGAAGACAGAGAAAAUGAAUUCUAUCAGCAGAGUGAUUCCAGUAAGGAACUCGUUGUGUAUCUUGUAGACGCCUCACCAAAGAUGUUCAAUCCAGCGAGUAAAGCGGAAGAUCAGGAAGAAACUUGUUUUCAUAUUGCUGUCAGCUGUAUUUCCCAGUCAUUGAAGACCCAAAUCAUUAAUAUAUCUUAUGAUGAAGUUGCAAUAUGUUUCUUCAAUACUAGAGAGAAGAAAAAUCUACAGGAUUUAAAUGGAGUUUUCGUAUUCAAUGUUGCAGAGCGGGAAUAUCUAGACGGGCCAACAGCAAGGCUUAUAAAAGAGUUCAGUCUCAUUGAAGAUACAUUUAUGAGCAAAAUUGGUAGUCAGUAUGGAAUUAUUUCUGAUUCUCGGGACAAUUCCCUUUACAAUGCCCUUUGGGUAGCUCAAGCUUUGUUACGUAAAGGGUCGGCAAAAACUGUGGAUAAGCGAAUACUUCUGUUUACAAAUGAAGAUGAUCCUUUUGGAAGUAUCAAAGGGGCGACGAGAACAGAUAUGAUAAGGACAACAAAACAACGUGCAAAGGAUGCACAAGAUCUUGGCAUAUCAAUUGAACUGCUUCCCUUGUGUCGGUCAGAUGAUGAGUUCAAUGUUUCUCUCUUUUAUGAUGAUUUGAUUGGAUUGGAAGGUGAAUAUCUUAAGCAGUUCAUUCCAUCUGCAGGAGAAAAGUUGGAAGAUAUGAAAGAUCAAUUGAGAAAAAAAAUGUUCAAGAAGCGCAAAGUUAGAAGAAUUACAUUCUCAAUUGUUAAUGGCAUAUCCAUAGAACUGAACACAUAUGCUUUAAUUCGUCCAACCCUUCCAGGGGCAAUCACCUGGCUUGAUUCUGUUACCAAUCUUCCUUUAAAGACUGAAAGGUCUUUUAUUUGUGCGGACACGGGUGCAUUGGUCCAGGAGCCAAGAAAACGUUUUCAACCCUAUAAAAAUGAGAAUGUCAACUUUUCCAUGGAGGAACUAUCUGAAAUAAAAAGAGUUUCAACUGGAAAUCUUCGUCUUUUGGGAUUCAAGCCAUUGAGUUGCUUGAAAGAUUAUGAUAAUCUGAGGCCAUCAACAUUUCUUUUCCCUAGUGAUGAGGAAAUUAUUGGAAGUACCAGCAUUUUCAUUGCUCUACACAGAUCAAUGUUACGGCUUAAGCGGUUUGCAGUUGCAUUUUAUGGCAGUUCAACUCAUCCUCAAAUGGUUGCUAUUGUUGCACAAGAUGAGAUUGCUACUUCCAGCGGUCAAGUUGAGCCACCUGGAAUGCACAUGAUCUAUCUUCCAUAUUCUGAUGACAUUAGGCAGAUCGAGGAGCUUCACACGAACGUUGAUUCCGUGAUACCUCGAGCUACAGAUGAUCAAUUUAAAAAAGCCACUGCUUUAUUGAUACGUGUAGACUUGAAAGAUUUUUCGGUUUGUCAAUUUGCAAAUCCAGCCCUGCAGAGACACUAUGCUGUAUUAGAAGCCUUGGCUCUUGAUGAUGAUGUGAUGCCAGAGAUUAAAGAUGAAACUGUUCCUGAUGAAGAGGGCAUGGCUAGGAGUAGAAAUAUAGUGGAUGACCUUAGGGUUUAGGCACUCAUUAUGGCAUCAUAGAG